AUGAAAGGAAGUUAAUAAAGUGUUCUCUUGAAAGAGUUAAAAGAAAUUCCUAUAUAUUCUGAUAACUGGUUUUGGAAACUUCGAAUGAGAAAUCAAGCACUGCUUUAAUUUUCGAUUAUUUUUGUCCUAAUGCUAGGAGUGGUUUUAGGAAUUUAUUUAGUCAAUAUGGCAAUAAUUGUUCCACUUUUAGAAUAAUCUUCAUUCGAGAUUUAUAAUAGUAAUGCAAAACAUACAUUGCAAAGUCAUUUAAGAAGCUAUGACGGCAUUCUUAAUGGAAUUUUUAAUAUAAAUAUUCACUAAUUGGAGAUACUCCAUUAAAUUUAUACUUAGUCAUACAGAAACUUAGAAAAAUAGGAUAAUAUUACAUUGGAUUAUAGAGCGCAUAUGAAUUAUGCAGGUACAAAUUAAAUGCCUCAAAUACUUGUAAAUUAGCCAUCUGGUUCUUUGCAAAAGACACAUUCAUUUAUGUGUUACACGAACAAAACCAACAUAACAUAUCCAAUGGACAAGGUUACCUUAAUAAAUUUAAAGAUUUAAGAAACAAUGUAUCCUAUAGGUCACAUAUUGGAUGCAACCAAAUUAAACAUCAAAUCUCUUUUCUACGUAGGGACCCUAGAGGAACCCUAGGUAUACUUCUCAUAUCCUUGCACCAAUUUUAAAUAAGCUAUUUAUGGCUUAAACAUUCCGAAACGACCCUGGUUUUUAAAAGGAAUAAUGAUUACGAUUAUUAAUUUACUGAUCCCUUUCUUUGUAACUUAAUUAUAAUAAUAUUUAUAUAGAAUUCACCAAAGACAAAAUCGAAAUCUUAAUUUGAAAGGAGUCAUGGCUUCAGAUUUAGGAACAGAUCUCAACAGGUUUGUAGUUAGAACUGAUCAGAAUGUCCAUAUGGUCCUAUUGGCCAAUGACAAGGGUUUGCUCAUUUAUCACAGUUACAAUGUUAGUUUAUCUCUCCUUCCAAUUUAUAUCUUCAAUACAUCACUAACAGGAUUUACAAUGGAUGACUGGACUUCGAUAAAAGGUACCAAAUAGAGCAAUUGCUCAUCGUAUCCUAAGAAUUCGAGUUUGAUUUGCCGUUACAAUAGUGUGUAUGAUAAGGAUCUGGUGAUUACAAUUCACGAAAUCAAGAAAUUCAAUUAUCUCUUUAUGAUAUUCCAUGACACCAAUGACUAUACUGAUUAUCAAGUUAAAUCAACCAAGGAGAUGUUGAACAAACUUUAAACGGAUGCAAUUCAAUUUCUGCAAAUCGCCAUAGGAAUAUUCCUUGCAGCCAUGUUUAUCGCCAUCUGCAUCCUUAUUUUAAUCUUUUAUCCCAUUUAGAACAUCAUCGACAAUUGUCAUUAUAUCAUGGGUAUAAAGAAUAAAUAAAAUGUGCAUAAGAAUAUUCUACUAACCAAAUUCUUUAUCCCCUUUUUGAAUCCUCAAUUAUAGAUGCUCUAUUUAGCCUACACCAAUUUGGUGAAAAGGUUUUUGUCCUUGUCGCAAUCAAAAGGGACUCUUUGUAAAACCUUAGAGGCAUUGCAAUAUCCCAAAAAGAUCAAAUAGAAGGCUCAUCUUUCUCUAAAUCGAUACUUGAAGAAAUGCCUAAACCUAAUAGAAACAAACAAAAUGGUAUACAUGGCUCCAUUUCACCUUCCAUCUUAGUUAAUGGGAAGAUUUGUUGAGAAGUUGCUAAUGACAUUCUACUAAUGA